AUGUUGGGCUUCGACCCCGGGGCUAAGGGGGCAGCUCACCCCCCAGAGGAGGCAGCUCUGGCCGGGUCGGCCGCUGGGAUGGUGACCCGAGCAAUCAUCAGCCCGUUCGAUGUCCUUAAAAUUAGGUUUCAGCUGCAGAUUGAGAGUUUGUCCUCCCAGAGGCCGAAGGGAAAGUACUGGGGAUUGUUUCAGGCGUCGCGCUGCAUUCACUCGGAGGAGGGUCUCUCUGCCUUCUGGAAGGGCCACGUCCCGGCGCAGACACUCUCAAUCUGCUUCGGGGCUGUGCAGUUCGCCAGCUUUCAGCUCCUGACUGAGGCAGUUCACAAGUCGACGGCGUAUGACAGCCAAACAGCAGGAGUUCUCUUUGUGUGUGGCGGCCUGGCUGCCUGCUCUGCCACAGUGGUCUGCCAACCUCUGGACAUACUGCGCACACGCUUUGCAGCUCAGGGAGAACCCAAGGUGUACAGGAACAUGCGACACGCCGUGUCCACAAUGUGUCGCUCAGAGGGAGUUCUGACUUUUUACCGCGGCCUUUCUCCAACCCUGAUGGCAGUGUUUCCUUAUGCCGGGCUGCAGUUCUUUUUCUACAACGUCUUUAAAAAUCUCUUGGCUCCGCUGGCCAAAUCUGGGAACUCUGGAGGGAGCCUGACGAGUCUGGUCAGCGGUGGCGGAGCCGGAAUGAUCAGCAAAGCCAUCACUUACCCGUUUGACCUCAUCAAGAAGAGGCUGCAGGUGGGGGGCUUCGAAGCAGCCAGACUUCACUUUGGACAGGUGCGGAGUUACAGCGGUGUGGUGGACUGCAUGGUGCAAAUAGCCAAAGAGGAGGGCGUGCACGGCUUCUUUAAAGGCCUCUCCCCGAGCCUCCUGAAGGCUGCACUCUCGACAGGCUUCACCUUUUUCUGGUAUGAAUUGUUCCUCAAUGUCGUGCGUGACCUCAGGCGGAGGCGGAGAACAGACGACCUCACCAAAGACCUUGAGGAAAGAUGA